AUGCUCGUCCGCCGGAUUCGAGCAAACCCACGUCCAUGGCUUCCAUCUUCAACAAGACGACUGCCAUGGCAGCUCCGCCUGAGAGCGCACUCUACUACAUCCCCGCUAGACUUCCCUCAGACGUCUACGCAUGCAUCACCUCUGGCAGCGCUCACAUCAGACCUGGACCGUCUUGCCCCCCGGAUCGAUAUCAACGCUGAUCAGAUUGAGAUACUCGAUGGACCAACGGAAUUUUACGAAAGUCUAAGAAGCAAAAUAAGAAGGGCGAGGAGGAGGAUAUAUCUCUCGACUCUCUACAUUGGCAAAACAGAGAAUGAGCUCAUUUCAACUAUACGGGAUGCUUUACUCCAACAGGGUUCCGAGCUCAAGGUCUCCAUCCUCACAGAUGCGCUACGGGGAACUCGAGAGGCCCCAAAUCCCUCGUGUGCUUCAUUGUUGGCCUCCUUGGUCGAGGAGUUUCCAGACCGAGUCGAGGUCCGCAUGUACCAUACGCCCAACUUGACGGGGCUGCGCAAAGCAUUGAUACCGAAACGCAUCAAUGAGGGUUGGGGAUUGCAGCAUAUUAAGCUGUAUGGAAUUGACGACGAAGUGAUCCUUUCUGGGGCAAAUCUUUCGAAUGACUACUUUACAAACCGUCAAGAUCGCUACCAUGUCUUCAGUUCGAAGCGAGUCGCUGACUACUUCGCACGCAUCCACGAUGCUGUCUGCAGCAUCAGCUUUCUGCUACGGCCAAGGGCUACCCCCUCAAAGUUCACUUUGGAAUGGCCGACGUCCAGUCCAGCUCCAAACCCCCUUGAGGCUCCGAAAGGCUAUAUAGAAGCGGCGACCUCCCUACUCCUCCCCUUCGUGAAACCGGCCUCCUCCCAGUCGCCUCCUACAACAUCUACAUCCGUCUACCCUGUUAUAUGUCAUCCACCAACAAUCAACACUGAGCUCCCUGCAUUCACGGCCCUUCUCGCUCGACAUAUUGUGUCUUACACUUUCACAGCCGGCUACUUCAAUCCCCACCCAGUAAUUACGUCCUCGCUUUUGGCUGCCUCUUCUCUCCCAAUCUCGGCGCCAGGCUCCAUCUUGACAGCUUCGCCAUACGCCAAUGGAUUCUUUGGCUCCAAAGGCAUUUCAGGGCUUCUGCCCGCAGCAUAUACGCAUCUCUCCCUCAGGUUUUUGCAGGCUGCACGCGGCAAGAAUAUUCAGCUGCGGGAAUGGCAGCGUGGAAUUGUGGGGCAACAGAAUGGAUGGACGUAUCACGCGAAGGGGUUAUGGGUGACUCUGCAGGCGGAUCUACAACAGGGGACGUCAUCGAGCACUUCCAAUAAGACUUCAUCAGAGCUUAGUACCGAUUUUGAGAGCAAGGACCCGAGCACCCCAGCAGGUCCGAGCGUUACUCUUAUCGGAUCUUCUAAUUACACUACACGUAGCUACGGGCUGGACCUGGAAGUUGGCGCUAUAGUGGUGACAAAAGAUGAAGGACUGAUGCGGAAAUUGAAGAGAGAAGGAGAGCUGUUGAUGAGCCACACGAACCUUGUGAAGGAGGAAGAUCUCGAGACGAAGGAGAGGAAAGCGGGGUGGAAGGUCCGAGUGGCGAUGUGGUUGGUGAAAGUAUUGGGAGGUGCGCUUUGA